CCAAUGAGGUUGCGGCUGCGGUGUUCUUCUCGCUGGCGUCCGGGUCGCGGGUCGUCUGCGGGACGACUGGGCCGGUCGGCCGUGAGUGCGGGAGUUUCAAUUUGGAUAUGAAACCACUUUUCUAAACCACCUUAGAGAAGACUUGAUAUACUAGUUGGAAUGGUUCCAAUAACCAACCUUGCAAAACACUUCAGAUUCAGAGAAUUUCCUUUGUAAAGACAUCAAGGGAGGUGUCACAGUUUUCCAUUUAGAUCAACAGCUCCAAAUUCCUGCCAUGGAAAAUUCGGAGAAGACAGAAGUGGUUCUCCUUGCUUGUGGUUCCUUUAAUCCUGUCACCAACAUGCACCUUAGGUUGUUUGAGCUGGCCAAGGACUACCUGAAUGGAACAGGAAAGUACAGAGUUAUCAAAGGCAUAAUUUCUCCUGUUGGUGAUGCAUAUAAUAAGAAAGAGCUUAUCCCUGCCCAUCACCGAGUCAUCAUGGCAGAACUUGCCACCAAGAAUUCACAAUGGGUGGAAGUCGACACAUGGGAAAGUCUUCAGAAGGAGUGGACAGAGACUAUUAAGGUGCUAAGACACCAUCAAGAGAAGCUGGAGGCUAGUAACUGUGACCAGCAGCAGAACUCACCUAUGCUAGAAAGGCCUGGACGGAAGAGGAGGUGGACUGAACAAAGACAAGAUUCCAGUCCAAAGAAAUCCCUAGAUUCCAAAACAAAAGGGGUGGCAAAGGUAAAGUUGCUGUGUGGGGCAGAUUUUUUGGAGUCCUUCGGGAUUCCGAAUUUGUGGAAGAGUGAGGAUAUCGCCCAGAUCGUCGCAGACUACGGACUCAUCUGUAUCACUCGGGCCGGAAGUGAUGCUCAGAAGUUCAUCUACGAAUCUGAUGUGCUAUGGAAACACCGGAGCAACAUCCACCUGGUGAACGAAUGGAUCACGAAUGACAUCUCGUCCACGAAGAUCCGGAGAGCCCUCAGAAGGGGCCAGAGCAUUCGCUACUUAGUACCAGAGCUUGUCCAAGAAUAUAUCCAAAAGCAUGAUUUGUAUAGCUCUGAGAGUGAAGACAGGAAUGUUGAGGUCAUCCUAGCUCCUUUGCAGAGAAAUACUGCAAAAGCUAAGGCAUAGGAAUUCUAUAGUGGAAAUUUUGGAUUUCCCCUUUUGGGGAUUUGAAACAAUCUGGGUAAUAGUAAUUGGGGAAAGAAAUUGUGAUCCUGUUUCAUAAACUAAAGCUUAAACCUUUGGUAAAUUUUCUUUUAUCAGAAGUUGCUAAGAUGAAUGUUUUCAGUAGGAUUUUUUUUUUAAAGAAUGUAGAAAUCCCUUUAUCUUUAAAACAAAAGAUUAGCAGAACACUAAAACCAGAAGAAUUUUCAAUGAAACUAGUUAUAAAUAAGAAGUAAAAAAAAAAAAAUCUUGACUCAAGCAUAUAAAGGAAGCCAAAUAUUAAAAGCAAAAGUCCAUUUAAAAUUCUAACUUUGGCCAGGCAUGAGUCAUUAUGCCUGUAAUACUGGCAAUUUGGGAAGCUGAGACUGGAGGAUCACUUGAGCCUGGACUUUGAGACCAACCUGAGCAAUAUAGCAAAACCCUGU